GCAAUUUCAAUGCAGCCUUUGCUAAAUUGAAAAUGUAGUAUUCGCGAAAAAGGAGGAAAAAUAAAAAUAAAUUGAACAAGGGCGAAAAGUAACGCAGCUGAUUUUCGAAGUGCCGUUGUGGGAAGCAGAAGCUGCCGCAACAAUGGCGGCAAACUCUCAGAAACCAGGUUUCGAAACGUUUCGUUUAUUCUCAUCUUCGGACAACGCGGGUCUGGGCUUUCUUGAUUCUCCAGAAACACCUCUCCCACCUCCACCUCCUUGUGUCGAAGUACUUUCCUCCGAGAUAUCUGCAUCUCUGAAAUAUACCGUCGAGCCGUUGAACUUGGGGGAACUUACUUUGCUCAAGGGCCGUGUAAAUGCGCAAGAGGUUUUUGGUCUAUCCAACUCUGAUUUAGUCCCAGGGAAAUAUGAAGGGGGACUGAAGUUAUGGGAGGGUUCACUGGAUCUAGUUAAAGCCCUUCGCUCGGAGGUCAAAAAUGGCAAUUUGUCAUUCCGCAGAAAGCGAGUUUUAGAGCUUGGAUGUGGUCAUGGACUUCCAGUCUUUGCAUGCCUUGAGGGUGCAGCUGCUGUACAUUUUCAGGACUUCAAUGCUGAGGUCAUACGUUGUCUAACCAUUCCCAAUGUAAAUGCAAAUCUUUUGGAAAAGAAUCAACCCUCAGUAGCAAACGUGAGCAAUUCUGGUGGUGAGCUUCGUUUCUUUGCUGGUGACUGGAGUGAAAUCCAUAAACUUCUUCCCCAUGUACAAGAGAAUGAGAAGGAUGUAAACCAUAGCUCAGGGCAUGGUCAAAUUGCUAGUUAUGAUAUUAUCUUAAUGGCAGAGACGGUCUACUCAAUCUCCACUCUCCAAAGCCUUUAUGAACUUAUAAAGAAGUGUACAAGCUGUCCUCGUGGAGUUGUUUAUAUGGCGGCAAAGAAGUAUUAUUUUGGAGUGGGUGGGGGAACACGGCGGUUCCUGUCUUUGGUGGAGAAAGAUGGUAUUAUGGCAGCUAGCCUGGUUGCCGAAGUCGCAGAUGGUUCAUCCAAUGUUCGAGAGGUAUGGAAGCUUUCGUUUAGAUCUGGAUUUUGAAUUAUGUGGCUGGAAGCAAUCAUUGUCCAACUAGCAUUUGACAAAUUUUAGUAUAUUUCUUUCCCAAGCCAUGUAUGGACGCAUAGCCUUUUUUAAUUUUUUAUAGUUGGGUUUUUGUUUUUAUUAAUUGUUAUUACUAUUAUCAUUAGUGUCAGUCUUAGUAACCUGGUGUUUCUGUAU